UGCGAAUCCCAGACCUCGGAGGAGCGCCCCGGGGAGCUCGGAGCGGCUGCACGCGUGGACCACGGAGGAGGCCGGUGGCCAGCUUGAGUACACUGGGCCCUGAAAGUUUCAAGCUGCCUUUUGCACUGGCCGGAAUGAGAAAAAAGUGGAAGAUGGGAGGCAUGGGAGGCAUGAGAUACAUCUUCUCCUUGUUGCUGUUCUUUCUUUUCCUAGAAGGAAGCAGAACAGAGCAAGUAAAACAUUCAGAGACAUAUUGUGUAUUUCAAGAUAAGAAGUACAGAGUGGGUGAGAGAUGGCAUCCUUACCUGGAACCUUAUGGGUUGGUUUACUGCGUCAACUGUAUCUGCUCUGAGAAUGGGAAUGUGCUUUGCAGCAGAGUCAGAUGUCCAAGCCUUCAUUGCCUGUCUCCUGUGCACGUUCCUCAUCUUUGCUGCCCUCGCUGCCCAGAAGACUCCUUACCCCCAGCGAACAAUAAAAUGACCAGCAAGUCGUGUGAAUACAACGGGACCACUUACCAACACGGUGAGCUGUUUAUGGCUGAAGGGCUCUUUCAGAACCGGCAACCCAACCAGUGCACCCAGUGCAGCUGCUCGCAGGAGGGCAAUGUGUACUGUGGUCUCAAGACUUGCCCCAAGUUAACCUGUGCUUUCCCAGUCUCUGUUCCAGAUUCCUGCUGCCGGGUGUGCAGAGGGGAUGGAGAAUUGUCAUGGGAACAUUCUGACGGUGAUAUCUUCAGGCAGCCUGCCAACAGAGAAGCAAGGCAUUCUUAUCACCGCUCACACUAUGAUCCUCCACCGAGCCGACAGGCUGGAGGUCUGCCCCGCUUUCCCGGGGCCAGAAGUCACCGGGGAGCACUCAUAGAUUCGCAGCAAGCCUCAGGGACCAUCGUGCAGAUCGUCAUCAAUAACAAACACAAGCAUGGACAAGUGUGUGUUUCCAAUGGAAAGACCUAUUCCCAUGGCGAGUCCUGGCACCCAAACCUCCGGGCAUUUGGCAUUGUGGAGUGUGUGCUGUGCACUUGUAAUGUCACCAAGCAAGAGUGCAAGAAAAUCCACUGCCCCAAUCGAUACCCCUGCAAGUAUCCUCAAAAAAUAGACGGAAAGUGCUGCAAGGUGUGUCCAGGUAAAAAGGCAAAAGAAGAACUUCCAGGCCAAAGCUUUGACAGCAAAGGCUACUUUUGUGGAGAAGAAACAAUGCCCGUAUAUGAGUCUGUGUUCAUGGAGGAUGGGGAGACCACCAGAAAAAUAGCACUGGAAACAGAGAGACCGCCUCAGGUAGAGGUCCAUGUUUGGACCAUUCGAAAAGGCAUCCUCCAGCACUUCCAUAUUGAGAAGAUCUCUAAAAGGAUGUUUGAGGAACUCCAUCACUUCAAGCUGGUGACCAGGACAACGCUGAGCCAGUGGAAGAUCUUCACUGAAGGAGAAGCCCAGAUCAGCCAGAUGUGUUCAAGUCGUGUGUGCCGAACGGAGCUUGAAGAUUUGGUCAAAGUGUUGUACCUGGAAAGGUCUGAAAAGGGCCACUGUUAGACAAGACAGACAGUAUUGGAUAGAGUAAAGCAAGAAAACUCAAGCUGCAGCUGGACUGCAGGCUUACUUUGCUUAAGUCAACAGUGUCCUAAAACCCCAAACUCAAAUGCAGUCAAUUAUUCACGCCAUGCACAGCAUAACUUGCUCCUUUAUUGGAGUGGUAUGUCAGCCCUUAAACACCUCCUCCAAAGAGACUAGCAGAAUUUUGAAUUCUCUGUGGGAGGAAGAGGGCUAGGACGCCACAACACUGCUCUAGUGUCUGGGAGAAUCACAUUUCUUUACAGGUUAAAGAGUAAACAAAACCUCUAGAAAGUUAUUCCAGUGAAAGAAAGAGAAGGGAAUUGCUUAGUAGGAGUUCUUUAGUACAGAGAAAAUAUUAGUAUGAGAUUCUUCUCUUUAAAAUUUAGAAUGUCUUGUGUUUAAAUAACUUGCUAUAUUCACACACACACAGGUACACAUACACAUGUGCAUGCGCACACAUACAUACUGAACUACAGCCUUCAUUCUGAGGCAAGGCUAGUGUAGACUCUCCCCUUCUUUCCCUUGCCUGACUCCCAGGUAACUUGGAGGCAGUUGGCACCCAGGAGGAUAAAUAAGGAGUUGUGAGUAGAAGGCUCUGCACUUGGGUCUAUGAUGUGGUUGUUGAUGGUACCAAUUCUGGGAAAGAAUAAAAACACCAUUUCAUGGCUGCCUUCACUCUGAGGUGGAAAAGAACUUUUACCUUACGACACCACUUCUCUUUUCUCCCUAAACCUCCAUAAAGAAGUUAGAAUUGAGUAAAACUUUUAGAAACUGAGUCUACAUAAAAGAAAAUAAUUAUUUAAGGAAAGAGUUGCUAGAAGUCAGCAAGGUCAGCCAUGUGUUUUCAAGUCAACAAAACUCACCAAUUAACAGCUCAAUCCUCACUUACUGUCCUGAAGUCAUAGUUCUCUAGUCUAAAAAUUUUAGUUAAAUGAUGAAAUUCUAGAAGCUUCUUAAAAGGGCAGUUCCUUUUCUCCAAUUACAGGAGUUGGUUUUUACUUGGCAAAGGGACUCCGUCCUCCCAAGCUUCAGUUAGGAGAAUUAUUGCUCACUGGGGGAAAUGGGGAUUCUGAUAACAAUCCUUAUCCUAAGCCUUCCUACUGUUCUCCUCUCAUGCACCAAGCAUGAACCUGAAUCAUGGAUCCCAGUGAGGGCUGCUCCAAAAAUGUCUCUUUGCAGCCUAAUACCAGAGCCCAAGUGAUCCAUUCUGAGGGAAAACUAUAAAUUCUCCACAGCAGGAAUCUCAAACCUGCUUUCUAGAUUUAUCUCCUCAGGGGGGCCUGGAUGAACUCUAGUGAAUACUUAAAUAUUAAGGACCAAGAAAUCCCAUUUUUCCUACUCUGUGACCAUAAGUAAGAUGAACAUUUUUUUGUUAUUUGACACCAAUAGGGAAAAAUGUAAAAGGUCCAGUCUUUAUGGCAACCUGGCAUAAAGGAGUCUGUUCUCAUCACAGAGACUGAGGCCUGGUGGCCAGGCCUUCAGGAGACCAGCAGCCUCUCAGAC